AUGGCGUUAAAAAAAGUUAAGGGUAACUUCGAAAGAAUGUUUGACAAAAAUCUUACGGAUUUAGUUCGUGGGAUAAGAAAUAACAAAGAUAACGAGGCAAAAUAUAUAGCACAAUGUAUGGAGGAAAUUAAAGUUGAAUUGCGGCAAGAUAAUAUCGGGGUGAAAGCUAACGCUGUCGCCAAACUAACAUAUCUUCAAAUGUUGGGAUAUGACAUAUCCUGGGCUAUAUUUAAUAUAAUCGAAGUUAUGAGUUCAACUAAGUUUACAUAUAAACGUAUCGGAUAUUUAGCCGCUAGUCAGUCAUUCCAUGCAGACUCCGAACUGCUUAUGCUCACCACUAAUAUGAUAAGGAAAGAUCUGAAUGCUCAAAACCAGUAUGAAGCAGGCCUCGCACUCAGCGGUCUCAGUUGUUUCAUAUCUCAUGAUCUGGCCAGAGACUUAGCUAAUGAUAUCAUGACAUUGAUGAGUUCUACGAAGCCCUAUCUCAGAAUGAAGGCGGUGUUGAUGAUGUACAAAGUAUUCUUAAGAUAUCCCGAAGCUUUAAGACCAGCGUUUCCUAAGUUAAAAGAGAAACUAGAAGAUCCAGAUCCCGGUGUACAGUCGGCUGCUGUGAAUGUUGUGUGUGAAUUGGCUCGGAAGAAUCCCAAGAAUUAUCUGUCACUGGCUCCUGUCUUCUUUAAGCUAAUGACCACUUCCACUAACAAUUGGAUGUUGAUAAAGAUAAUUAAACUGUUUGGUUUAAUGACUCAGUAUGAACCAGAUAUCGGAAGAAAAAUAACUCAAAGCCUCAUAGACCUAAUUUGCAGCACGUCAGCCAUGUCACUGCUGUACGAGUGCAUCAACACUGUGAUAGCUGUUCUCAUCAGCAUCAGCAGCGGCAUGCCGGGCCAUGCGGCGUCAGUACAGCUCUGUGUACAGAAACUACGGAUACUUAUAGAGGACAGCGAUCAGAAUUUGAAGUAUCUGGGUCUGCUGGCCAUGUCUCGGAUACUCAAAUCUCAUCCGAAGUCAGUUCAAGCUCAUAAGGACCUCGUUCUGGCCUGCUUGGAUGAUAAGGACGAAUCUAUAAGACUAAGAGCUCUUGGCUUGCUGUAUGGAAUGGUGUCGAAGAAGAACUUGAUAGAAAUAGUGAAGAAACUGAUGGUACACAUGGAGCGAGCUGAGGGUACGCUGUACAGGGACGAGCUGCUGACAAGGAUGAUAGAGAUCUGCUCACAGAACAACUACCAGCACGUGGUGCACUUCGAGUGGUACAUCACGGUGCUGACGGAACUCACUGAGAUGGAGACGAGUGCUAAACACGGGUGUAUGAUAGCGGGUCAGUUAUUGGAGGUUGGAGCGCGAGUGUCAGAGACCCGAGCCUUCGCAGCCCGCGAGUGUUCGUCGUUGGUAACUCGUACCGCGGCCGCGCAGCACGCUCCUCGCGCCGCAUCUAGAGAGGUGUUAUACGCCGCUGCCUAUGUACUCAGCGAAUACUGCACCGAGGAGCCGGUGAUGCGUUCGUCCCUGUCCCCGCUGCUGGUGUGCGCGGGACUCAACUCGGGUCCUUCAAGCGGCCACAUGCGGGCCCGCGCCGUCUGUGUACACGCAGCCCUCAAACUGACAGCCAGACUACUCGUGAUGUAUGAGAGCAGAGGCGACCGGAACGCAGCCCUAUCGGUUAUCCAUGAAACGUUGGCUGGCAUGCAGCCGUUACUGAGCAGCGAGGAUAUGGAGGUACAGGAGCGAGCCCACAACGCUACGGCUCUCCUGCGUAUAGUGUUGAGGAAGAUCAAUCCUACGGAUCCCGCGCUCGGUGGUGACGUCAUACAUAAUGACGUCACUGGCACCUUGGUUGAGCACGAGCCAGAACAGAGUAACGGUGUGGAUAAAAUUGGUGAUAGUGACAUGAAUGGUGGAGAAGACGAAGGUUUCAGCGGCGGCCUCAUAGCAGAGUUGGCUGGUUUGUUUGAGGGAGAGCUCAAGCCCGUAGCGCCUAAAGCACAGAAGAAAGUACCGAUGCCGCCGGAUUUGGACCUCAGUGAGUGGCAGUCUUCAUCACGGUGGUCUUCAGACAGCUCCGCCUCUGAGGCAGAGGAAGACGCUCUGUUCGUGACUCCUCAACCUGAACCAACACCCACAGAACCCGCACCUUCACUACAGAUGUUGCGCGAGGCUCGUCUGUUGGAGCAGGCUAACAACCCUCACUACUUGAAGGACGACGGUCGCUACCAGCAGGAGGACGACGACCCGCCCGUCGCUGAGAUCGCCUUGGACGUGCCGCUACAGAUAACCGUUAAGAGAUCUGAUAAGUACUUAAUGUCGAAAGAAAACUCGAAGAAGACGAAGAAAGAGAAGAGGCCGUCCAAGAAACGAAAGAACAAAGUGGAGAGGCAUUCUUCAGAAUCAGAGAGUGACGAAGUGUCAGUGUCCCGACCUACUGUGGCUGAGGGCGGUGAGUUACCGGAGGGUGCUGCGCCCUCGGACGACGAGCCUCCGCCCCGCGAUGACCCCCAUCGAGCGCUUGACCUUGACCUCGACAUGCCAUUACGCGAGGAAGAGUUGCUCAGCACACGAACACGGCCGUACCCGCUACCGGACAGUGGCUUACUUAUAAAGAAAACGGAAACCAAGAAAAACAAAUCAUCGGAAAAGAAAACCUCCGAAAAAUCUACCCACAAAAAGAAAUCCAAGAGCUCUAAACGGAACAAGGAAGCCGACCUCAUAUUACCGGAAACGGAAAAUAAGGUUGAGGAUAUACUGUUGAUUGAAACUGAAAACGGAUCUAAGAGUAAUGAGAUUGUUAAAAGUGAUAUUUAUGAUGACAAGCCAGAGAAAAUUAAGACUGAAAAGCAUAAAAAGUCAAAGAAAGACGCCAAGGAGAAAGAUUCAAAGAAAAAGAAGACGUCUAAAAAAGGAAAACAUGAAACUAAAUUAGGUUACGAAGAAGCAAUAGGUAUUUCAACGCCAAGCAAAGAAGUUGUAUAG